GGCGCCCGCUCGGGUCCUGGCGGCUCAUUUCCCGGCAGGCAGCGCGGCGCGGGUCUCUUUUGCCGCCAUCUUGGGGCGCUGGGGGCCUGCCGGGACCGGGUCUGCGGGAGGACACCAUGACCGGGAGGCUGUGGUGCAAGGCCAUUUUUGCUGGCUACAAACGUGGCCUCCGAAACCAGCGGGAGCACACGGCCCUUCUGAAAAUUGAAGGUGUUUAUGCUCGUCAGGAGACAGACUUCUACCUGGGCAAGAGGUGUGCCUACGUGUACAAAGCUAAAAACAACACGGUAACCCCUGGAGGCAAACCCAACAGGACACGCGUGAUCUGGGGGAAGGUGACCCGCGCCCAUGGGAACAGUGGCAUGGUCCGUGCCAAGUUCCGCUCCAACCUUCCUGCCAAGGCCAUUGGACACAGAAUCCGGGUGAUGCUGUAUCCAUCUAGGAUCUAAAUUUUUAUUCAAAAUAAAAUGGAGAAUCUGUUUAA